CGUGCGUUUGUGUAACGGACCGUGUCUCUCUAAAUUCUCUCGUUGAUCGAUCUCCUUCGCAGAAAUGGCGAUCCUGUGCGCGCCAUUUGCAUGUGGCAGCAGAUUAACUUGGGACAAACGUCAUGUAUGCACCAUUUGCAUCUGUUAUAACAUGACCCCUGUUUUCUUCAAUGGAAACUUACCCACGAGCAUAACGAACAUUCAGCCCCAGGCCCUCGCGUCGUCCCCUCUGGGCGACUCCGGAGCACCAGCAACCACGGCCGCCGGUUCCUCCUCUCUUCCCUCGCUGUCCCUUGAGGUGGUCGCCGACGAAUACUGCAAUCGCCGGUGAGUGUCGGCCUCCAUGGUCGUGUGGACAACGCGGUAGAUUGAUCUAGAGAUGAUGAUGACCUUUUCGAGGCCGACGAUGGUAUGGGACGUCCCCUCCAUCUCCAGAUUUAGUUCCUUCCGGCUCGUCAGGUGCUACGUGCGACGUUUCUUGUGAAGGCGUCAAGUCAUGUUUGUUGCCAGCAUGUGCUAUGUACAACGUAUAUGUACAGACGUCAAGUCAUGCAUGCUUGUUGCCAACAGAUCGGCUGUUACAGACGAAGGGAACAGUCAUAGAUCAAACUUCAACUACAGUGCCUAGGGUUUCUCUCCUAGCGGCUAGAGUCUUUUCAUUUCUCAAAUUAUACGUGUGCUUUUCUGCGUUACAUUUUUUAAGGCAUUUUCUGCGGGAUGUACUUGACAGAAGAGAGCGAUAGAUUGCCAGCAGGCCCAGGACAAGGAUUCCGGCCUGCUUUAUUGGAUGGGCUUCAUGGGCUCUUUAAUUUUUGGGCAAAAUUGCUUAGUACUCCCUCCGUCCAUGCAAGGGGUACUAAUUUUCUUUUUCUACUCUACUUGCACAGACAAGUUAGCUUUACAUGUAGCUCUAGAGCCAAUCAUGGUGCUGCAGGUAGUAUAGAAAAUCCUUCAAUAGAGACAUGCAUGGGAGCGGAUAGCAGACCUUUUCAAAAUGAACUUGGUAAAAUACUUAGGCGCCUCAUAUAAGUGGACUGCGAACUUCAAGUUACCUUAACGGCACCGGUAAAUAUGACUUUCGUGGCAGACUAGGUAUGUGUCUGAUUACGACGAAGGAAAGAGCCCAGAACUUAUGCACUCUAAUCAAAAAGGAAAAUUUACCGAUGACCCAAGACUUCACUGAAGAACAGGUCAUUUGUUAAGUUCAAGCCAACAUGUGCGCGCGCACACAAGAACUUCGUCCGAAGCUCUCCACCAGCAGCAACUCCACUAGCAAAGUAACUUGCAGAGAAGCCGGCACUGCCACCUCCUUACUACAAAGUAGAAACGCCACACGCAGCCACCGUGCACCGAUCGGCAGACCGAUAGGCCGCACGACCUUGAGCUAGCGCGCGCGUACGUACGUGCGUGUCAACAUGGGGCGCCAGUUCUUCAUUUGCUUGGCGCUUAUCGUCGCUGUGCUCUGUCCGCCGGCGGCCGCGCAGAAGUACGCCGCCCUCUUCAGCUUCGGGGACUCCCUCUCGGACGCCGGCAACCUCUGCGCCGACGGCAUCCCGUCGUACCUCGCCACGGCGCGCCCGCCGUACGGCAUGACGUACUUCGGGCACCCGACCGGCCGCGUCUCCAACGGCCGCGUCGCCGUCGACUUCAUCGCGCAGGAGCUGGGGCUGCCGAUGCCGCCGCCGUCAAAGGCGCACAACGCGUCGUUCCGCCGGGGUGCCAACUUCGCCAUCACCGGCGCCACGUCAGUGGACCCGAGCUUCUUUGAGGCGCACGGGCUUGGGGGCACGGUCUGGAACUCCGGCUCACUGCACACCCAGCUCAGGUGGUUCGACGAGUUGAAGCCAUCCAUCUGCAGCUCCCCAAAAGAUUGCAGGGACCUGUUCCGGCGGUCGCUGUUCAUCGUCGGCGAGUUCGGCGGGAACGAUUACGCCUCGUCGCUCGCCGCCUUCCGCCCGCUGGAGGAGGUCCACACGUUCGUGCCGCACAUCGUCAACUCCAUCGGCAAGGGAAUCGAGAAACUGAUCGCGGAGGGGGCGGUGGAGCUGGUGGUGCCGGGGGUGCUGCCGAACGGCUGCUUCCCGCUGUACCUGGCCAUCUUCCGGAGGCAGCAGCCGGAGAUGUACGGCCCUCGCACCGGAUGCAUCAAGGACCUCAACACGCUGUCCUGGGUGCACAACGCCAUGCUGCGGCGAAAGAUCGCCGAGCUCCGGAAGAAGCACUCCGGCGUGCGCAUCAUGUACGCCGACUACUACACCCCCGUCUUGCAGUUCGUCCUCCACGCCGAGAAGUGGGGGUUCCUGAGGCAGACGCCAAGAGCUUGCUGCGGGGCGCCAGGAGUGGGCGAGCACAACUUCAAUCUGACGCACAAGUGCGGCGACCCCGGCGGGCACGCCUGCGAUGACCCGUCCAACCACUGGAGCUGGGAUGGCGUCCACCUCACGGAGGCUGCCCAUGGCCACAUCGCCAAGGGCUGGCUCUACGGGCCCUUCGCCGACCCGCCCAUCCUCCAGACCCGGCCGGUAGGACAGUAACCAUGAACGGUGAAUCCCGAUCAAAAUAAAAAAUAAAAAAAAUAAACCCGAUAAAAAAAACCCAUGAACGGUGAAUGCAUACGUUUUGCCAAGUACAAACAGAUUGUUGCACUAGGGAAAAGAGAACGGAAGGAGAAAUGACAAGAAUAGAUGGAGAAAAUAAAGUAUCUUGGGACAGCUAGGAGGAAGUAGUGCCACAGAGAAUUCGGUCGCCCGUUUAUGAUCUAACAAUAUGUGUUAUGUCUGUUGCAUUCUAUCUAAGCCACUUAUUAUGAA